CCGGUGGGCAAGGCGGGGUACGACGGGUGCUCGACCCAGGGCACGGUGGGGCCCACCCUGACGACGGGGCCCGCCACCGUGACGCUGAAGGCGCCGGGCGCCCACUACUACAUCUGCGGCGUCCCCACCCACUGCUCCUUCGGCCAGAAGCUCGCCGUCAACGUCUCCGCCGCCGCCGGACCAGCGCCGUCCCCGUCCCCGUCCCCGUCCGGGCCAUCGGCUCCGCCUCCCGGCGGGCCCGCCCCAGAAGCUCCCACGACGCCUACGCCGCCCUCGGCACCCGCGCCCGCAUCCCCCGGCGCCGCCCCCCCGCCCGGCAGCUCAUCUGCCGCCGCACCUCCUUCCGGAUCCGCGGUGUGGCUGCUGGCGCUUCUAUCCGCAGCAGCAGCAGCAGCGGCAGCCGGCGGCUUCGCGCAGCACUAGCUAGCUUAGCUAGCCAGCGAGUGUUCUUUGAAUUUAGCGAUUCCGGUUGAUUGAUUUGUUCCUAGCUAGGCCGUAGCCAGCACAUGCGUGGGUCGUCUGACUCAUAAUAAUAAUAAUAAUUAAUUAUAUAUAUAGUUUUUUAAACUGAGAGUGCGUUUAUUAUUAUAUAUGUAUGAUCGUUAUUGGUGUUUGUUUAUUUGUUUAUCGGCAGUCCUUAAUUAGUCCCUGCAUGCCCCUACGACACUUGUUCCUGUUGUUGUUAAGUUUUUUUUGCUGCAAUGCAUUGAUUUUUGAA